AGUGAAUAUUGACUGAGCAGAGGUCACAUCACUAUGCAAUGCUGUGAAAAGCUCCGGCUAAACAACAGCAAAUAUUUUACAUUUCACAGGUUGUUUUGAGAUCAUCUAUCCCAAUGAGGAUCCUAUUAGUGGUUUUGUGGAUGAGUGUGAGGGUUCAGUCUAAAAGCCUGAUGUUCCAGCCUCUAGACUGUGCAGACAUUUAUAAUGACAGUUCUUGGACUAGUGGAGUAUACAUGAUCUAUCCCGCUGGACCCAACUCUGGUCGCUAUGUGUACUGUGACAUGGACACUGAUGGAGGAAAAUGGACUGUGUUCCAGAGAAGAAUGGAUGGUACUGUGAACUUCUACAGAGGAUGGGAUCAGUACAAGACUGGUUUUGGGCAUGCAGGUGGAGAAUACUGGCUGGGACUUGAGACAAUCCAUCUUCUCACGCUAAAGAAGAACUAUGAGCUACGAGUAGACUUAGAGGACUUUCAAGGAACUAAGGUCUAUGCAAAAUACAAAUCCUUUGGCAUUUCUCCAAUGGCUAUUAAUGCAGAACUGGAUGGCUACAAACUGCACGUGUCUGAUUUUGAAGAUGGUGGUGCAGGGGAUUCCUUGUCAUACCACAGCGGAUCAAAGUUCUCAACCUUCGACAAAGAUCAGGAUUCAUAUGAAGGAAAUUGUGCUGUUUCCUAUGUGGGAGCAUUCUGGUACAACUCCUGCUACAGCUCCAACUUGAAUGGACUCUAUUCAUGGGGUCAAGACUUGCAAAUUGGUCUAAACUGGAGGGCUUGGAAAGGCUUUAACUCGGUAAAGAGUGUCUCGAUGAUGAUGAGACCGGUAAAUCUGGCUAAACUCCAUGUCACAAAGAGGAAGAAGAAAUCCCUGCUGUACUAACUAGGGAUCCAUAAAUAAGUACAAGCAUGAGUAAGAAUAUAUAGUUUUUGGUACUUGUCAGUACCUAGAACACCAAGCUCACACCUUAGCUUAGAAUUUUACUACUGCACUAUUCUACCAUGUAACACUAUAGUUAUAGUUUCCAUCACUGCUAACAUCAUUGUGAGAUUUCACAAUGUAAUUGGUUUACAUUAAUCUUGUCAUUUCAAACUUAUUUAAAUGUAGUUUAAGCAAUGAAAACACUUUUUUUUUUCAAACUAUACAUAUAUGAAACUAUACAUAAUAUGUUUUCUUAACCCCUGUGUGCUGAUUGGGUCAAAUUGACACGUUUUAUAUUUUUAUUAAAAGUGUUCUUCUGUUUAUGAUUUCAAGGGCUAUUUUGACCCCAACAGUACCAAAUAGUCCACAGAGUGAACAUAACACAAGGUUAAAUCUGACCGACUACAUAUUCCUUAUUUCCAGUGUACAGGUAUGAAUAACCUAUUGAGUCAGGGGCAUCAUGGAAUUUUAUGUUUCCCCAGUUUACAUAGUGUCCAUGGAAUGCAGACGUGUUCAUGCACUCAUGUUACUUGGAUCAUUCUUUACGAUGUUAGCUACCUUAUUUAUGUAUUUAUAAGUACAUUAGCUAGCUUGGAUAAAGCAGUACUGUAUAGGAGAAUUAAAGGAUUUGUUUCACUUCCUAAACAAGCUUCUGUACAGUUUUAAAUAAGGUAUGUUAUGUUUUACUGCUUUCAUUGCAAAAUUCAUUCAUUCAUUCAAGAUUUUUGCUCCUAGUAAUGAAUUCCUCUAAAAAUAAAUAAUAAUAAACCCUGAAUACAAAUAAAAAAAAAAAAUCAAUAAAUCUGAUCACUGUCAUUUCAUGUUCAGUCGUGUAUCAUCUUAUAUGCUACAUAACUUGAUUCCAAGAAGAUUCCAAUUAGGACUGAUUUUUUUUUUUUUUUGGUAAUAAUAUUCUGUAUGUACUUUAUCAUGCUGAUCUUCAUAC